ACUCUCUUGAUCUGUUACUUUCUUGGAAUAUUCACUAUGUUUAAUUUUUAUAAUUCUAAAGAUUCCCCUCAGAAUCAACUCACUACAAGAAAACUAGACUUUCACUGACGGAAAUUAUUCCGUUAGAAAAUUACCCAUCGAUCAUAGACGGUUUAAGUUUGCGGAAAUCGGUCAUUUUGGUGGAGAAAGAAGUAGAAUCUGAUCUGGGUUAUAGUUAUGACUAUGAAUUCUGUUUAUUACAAAGAACAUGAUGAUGACAAGGAUUGGAAUCAGAUGGGUUCGGGUCCGUGGUGGAGUAGUGAGCUUGUGACUCGGUCAGCUCCUGAAGAAUCAAUCCUGGUGAAAUCUUCAACAAAGGAUGAUGUUACAGCUAAACUACCAAAUCAUGAUUCAGACCAAGUUUUUGAUAAGAGGGAUAUAACUCAGUUCAAUAUUAUUGGUGAUGACAGCAAAGAUUUAUCCAACAAAAGAAAAUCUACUAAAAUUCAGGCAGCUCUUUCAAUGCAAUCUGACCAAAGUUAUGUUGAGCUUGGAUUUGGUCAGCCAACCAUGGUAUGUGGCAGAUACCCUUUUGAAGAUCAAUGUUAUGGAUUGUUCUCAGCUUAUGGACCUCAAAUCAAGGGUCGGAUCAUGUUGCCGUUUAACUUGGGCAGUGAUGAUGGACCGCUAUAUGUGAAUGCGAAGCAAUAUCAUGGAAUUAUAAGGCGUAGAAGAUCGCGUGCUAAGGCGGAAAUGGCAAAUAAAGCUCUAAAAAGCCGAAAGCCAUAUUUGCACCUUUCACGUCAUCUCCAUGCAAUGCGCCGACCAAGAGGGAACGGUGGCCGGUUCCUGAACAGCAAAAAGAUUGGAAACUGCAAAGAUGAAAACACGGAUCUGAAAAAACACAACCCUUCACCGGAUUCUCCAAAUUUCACUAUUUUGUUGUCGGGUCAUAACAACUUGAACUCUCCACAAGAAUCAAAUAGUAACGGGUCCCACAUUCCUCGAUCGGAGGUGACUAGUAUGUUCUCAAUAGGAGAUUGUAAGCACUUCCCAAUCGGGAACCUUUCGAUGGUCUCUUUGUCAGAUAUGAUGUCUGGAAACAAUACUGGACAUGGUUUUAGCAUGCACGGAAAAUGGGUUGAAACCGCAGGUAAUGCUGGUGUUGGUGUUGGUGUUGGUGGUAGCCGUUUCAACUUUGCAGUGUAAUGUUGAUUGGGUCCAGUGUGUUGUGCCACUGACAUACUGGACCUGACAUCCUGGCAGCCAAAUGAAAUGAUCGUUUGGCUGUUUUUGGCAACUCAUCCUUGGCUUUGUGUGUUAAGGUUGUCUCUGACCUCUUUCUACUUGCAUUUGCUUGUUUUAAGAGUUGUUAUGAGGUGCUAAUAAUAGCCUUAAUGCAUGUGAAAAAAGAAAAUAUAUUGUGUUUGUUUCACCUCUACUUAAGUGUUGUUGUUUCAAAUAAAUCUUUGUAUGUGUUUUCUGUAGUCUUGUGAAUAUAGCUUUCUUGUUGUGUGCCUUUUAAUUCAAAACUUUUGAAUAAUGGAAUCUUGUUGGUGCC